AUGGAGGGUGAUCUAAAAUCUAAUUUCUCAUCGUUCUCUGAGGGUCCCCCCAGUGCGUUGACUUGGCAAACUGGCGUGUUCCGCAACGUCCAGCUGCACGACAAGUGCACUAUUCAAGACAUGCUCAAGAUGAAGGAGGCCUUCAGCGAAGCUUACAACAAUCAAAUGGUUGCGCAGGAAUUCAGGACUGCGCUCAAAACUCUGCUUAAUGUGGAGUACGACGACGAGGAAUUUAAAAUACUUUUCUUAAAAAUGAAUACCAGUCGGACGGGUAAUGUCGACUGGGACGAGCUGGUGUCACACCUGAUACUCGGAUACUUCGGCAACGACGCAGAGAACCAGCGAGAGUCCUUGCAGCCACCCAUCAUGGGGCUGCCAGUCAUCAUGCGCUCGGAGCACAGACACCCAAUAUCUAGAAUAUGCUUCUGUCCCGAUGUCGAUAAGGAACGAAAAAAGGACCCGAUGCAGGGCAUGUACCUAACGGCUAGCCGCGACGGCAUGAUCAACUGGUGGUCACUGGACAUGAAGCUGCUGAGGACUGCCUACUCUACGAGUCCUCACCUAAAAGUCCGCACGACGUGGGUGACGGACAUGGUGUGCAUGCCUGACGUUAACAUCAUCGUCACCAGCUCCACAGAGAGAGACCUGCGCUUCUACGACUGCAUUGCUAAGACUUUCACAUUGAAAAUUGUCAUCACCAGCUGGGAUUACAUGAUCUGCACCAUGCAUUAUCGCUUCAGUCCAGAUAUUAAUGAAAAAUGCAUGUUGAUCUGCGGUGACGUUGGAGGCAACGUACGAGUGCUGCUGUUCUCGCCAGUCCUCCGUGGGCCUUUCAGGAACGAAGCCGGUCGAGCCUUAAUAUCAUUGCGGCACGUAGACCUGCAAAAACGGCCAAGGAUGCUGCCGGAACUGCGGUUAGUAGAUCUAGGUCGUAUGCACAGUGAGUGGGUGCGGCAGGUGUCGUACUACGAGUCCCUGCACUGCGUGGUCUCCUGCGCCACUUGCAGCGACUCGCUCCUCCUGUGCGACAUAUCCGGCUCUAAGACACACUACAUGUUUAAGGUAGAAAAGGGCAUUCAAUGUUUCGAGUUUGAUGAAGAGUCCCACGUAUUGGUGACGGGCGGUCCUGACUGCACGGUCCGGGUAUGGAACCCAUUCGUGCCAGCCAAAGCUAACGUGGUGUUGAUAGGACAUCACGCCGCCGUCACCUGCAUAGUGCUGCAGAACAAGGGACAGACCAUCUACUCGCUGUCCAGAGACAGAACUAUCAAAGUGUGGGAUAUACAAAGUCACUCAUGCAUUCAGACAUACAUCGACAUCCCAGCUGUAUUAGGUGAGCGAUCACCGAUAUCUGCGGUGUACAAUCCUGCCACCAGGGAGUUCCUCCUAGCUUGUAUAAAGAUAGCUGUCGUAGUGCUGGACGAGCAGCUUAAUCCACUGCACACUGACGGCAAUACCCACUCUCGAGCAGUCUCCAAGAUCCUGUACAAUCCUCUUUUCAAGCUGAUUAUUUCGUGUGGCAUGGACAGCAUCAUUAUCAAUUGGAAUCCAGUAACAGGUAAACGCAACGUGUUGGUCCGCGACGCGCACGUGCGACACAUCCACGGCGAGCUGGUCCCGGUCGAGAUUACUGCCGCCUGCUUCGACCCUGGCUACCAGUUGCUGCUGACGGGCGCCAGAAAUGGUGAACUUAAGAUAUGGAAUUUCAACACUGGGAUAUGCUUGAGAGUCAUGACCAUCAAGCACAUGUGCGAAGUCACCGACUGCUUCUGGGUGGAGGGCAGGAUUCUAGCAGUAGGCUGGAAUCGGCACGUUGUAGAAUUCGAGGACAGUGGCAUGGCAACGCAUGGUAAAAGCUGGGAGACACGGCACACGGACGACGUGCUGGCGUCUGCUGUGCGGCCCCCGCUGUCACUGGCUACGGCCAGCUACAACUCCGAGCUGGUGCUGUGGAAGCUGGAGACUGGCCAGCCCUAUAGGCGCUUUUCGUGCACGGAGCCGACCCUGCGCAUCAAGAUGCACUUCAGCAAACGCGAGUCGCUCAAGCAACCACCUGUACUGAAACCUGAUAUGAAAGCGAAGAGAACACCUUCACGCAAGAUCGGUACUUCUCGAGAUAGCGUGGACUCCACAGCAGCAAUCAAGAAGGCGACAGAACAACGCGUGUCCCUGGUGCCAGCGCUGGGUCGUGCACAGAAGAUGCGCCCCCUCGCCGUGCACGCCAUGAUAUUUCUGCAGACACGACCGCAACAUGCGCGCGUCGCUUCUCUUAUGCUCGCUCUGGAAAAUGGUCAAAUGCAGUGCUGGUCAGACCACUCAGCGGGCGGCUACCAGAGCUCGUUCCAGGCCAACCACUCUCCGGGUGACUACGUGUCCUGCUUGGCCACUGAUGUCGCUAAUGAGUUCCUCUUCACCGGCACUACACGGGGCGCAUUUGCUGUCUUACCUGUGCUAUCCCACAACAAAAAUUGGAAACCUUACAUAAUGAAGGAACACAUCAACAUGCCGCGGCUGCGACUGAUGUUCCCGUUCCUGUGGCGUGACCGCAUCGAGGGUCGCGCCAAGCGCAGUGUACGCGACCAGCCCGAGCCGCUGCUACUGAACAGCUACCGCGCACACCUGCGCUGUGUUACAUCCAUAGCUUACAUGGACGAACAUAAACUUUUCUUCAGAAAAGAAGUGGUUUUUCAAUCCCACAGCGGCAGUUCAGACUACAGCGUUCGAGUGUGGCGCUUGUCAGGCGAGUACCUGCAGACACUGGGCAGCUUCCUGCCGUGGACCCUGGAGGUGACGCGGUUCCCGCCUGACGUGAAGAAGGUCGCCAGCUUCACGACGUUCAAGGUGUGGCGCAGCGGCUACGUGUCGCGCUAUGUGCCGGGGCAGAAGGAGGUGGACAAGCUGCGCGACAUCACCGACCACGAGCUCAAGACCAAGACCUACGGCGCGGCACCCGACGAGCCGCUGCUUGGAAAUUAUUUCUCGCUGCCGCGACGGCCCGAUGCGAUGGAUCGCAUCACGCUCGACAGUUCGUUGGCUACCAUUCCGUUGUACACACACCUUCGCAUGGCAUCGACCCAACCAGUGAAACGGCCACCUACUCCCGAGCUAGUGCGUGAGACACGGCUACGCCUCGCUAAGACAAAGAGGACCCAUUUUGGCUCGAGCAUGACUAUUCAACCUCAACCGCAGCCGCAGACCUCUGGGACCACACAUCAAGCACUAUCAGCGGCAGCUGCUGCGCCCUCUAAACCUGAAGAAAAGCGUACUUCCUCGAAGGACACGCAAAGACAAAGCACAAAUUAG